AUGAACAAACUCUCGUGCUCCGCUCGAUCGAGCGUCGCGCACCGACGCUCGACCGCGUCCAAGACGACCAAAGCGGUCGCCCGCGUCACCCAUCGAAACACCGCUCGGUCCUCCGUCAAGGCUCGCGCGGGGCCGUCCGGGGACGUGAAGAAGGUUGUCCUGGCGUACUCCGGCGGUUUGGACACCUCCAUCAUCUUGAAGUGGCUCCAAGACACGUACGGGUGCGAGGUGGUGACGUUCACGGCGGACUUAGGGCAGGGUGAGGAGCUCGAGCCGGCGCGAGCGAAGGCGCAACAAAUGGGAGUGAAGGAAAUUUUCAUCGAUGAUUUGCGCGAGGAGUUCGUCCGGGAUUACGUGUUCCCGAUGUUCCGUGCGAACGCCGUGUACGAGGGCAAGUACCUGCUCGGGACGUCCAUCGCGCGACCGCUCAUCUCCAAGCGACAGAUUGAAAUCGCGAAGAUGGUCGGCGCCGAUGCCGUGUGCCACGGCGCCACGGGUAAGGGUAACGACCAGGUUCGAUUUGAACUCGGUUACUACGGCCUCAAGCCGGACGUCAAGGUGAUCGCGCCGUGGAGAGAGUGGGAUUUGAACUCGCGCACGAAGUUGUUGGCGUACGCGGAUGCGAACGGCAUCCCGGUUGCGCAGUCCAAGCGUCAAGACGCGCCGUAUUCCACCGACGCCAACUUGUUGCACAUCUCUUACGAAGGUAACGCGUUGGAAGAUCCGUGGGUCGAGUAUUCCGAGGACAUGUUCACGCGCUCGGUGAGCCCGGAGAACGCCCCGGAUACGCCGACGUACAUCGAGGUCGAGUUUGAAAAGGGUGACCCGGUGGCGAUCAACGGUAAGCGGUACUCCCCGGCCGAAAUGCUCACCGAGCUCAACCGACUUGGUGGCGAAAACGGCAUCGGACGUCUGGAUAUCGUCGAGUCUCGCUUCGUCGGCAUGAAGUCCCGCGGUGUGUACGAGACACCGGGCGGUACCAUUUUGCUCGAAAUCCGACGCGCACUCGAAACCGUGUGCCUUGACCGCGGUGAAAUGCACUACAAGGAUGAAAUGAUGCCGCGAUACGCUGAGCUCAUUUACAACGGUUUCUGGUUCUCCCCGGAGCGCGAAAUGAUGCAAAGCGCCAUUGACUUGUGCUCGCAGAACGUCACAGGUACGGUGCGUGCCAAGCUCUACAAGGGUAACGUCAUGGUCGUUGGGCGCAAGGCUGACAACUCUCUCUACAACGACAGACUGUCCACGUUCGAAGACGACGGCGGUGCGUACGACCAAAAAGAUGCCGCGGGCUUCAUCAAGCUUCAAGCACUCCGCUUGCGUACGCUCAAGACUGCUCGAGGCGAGUAA